UUUCAGAGUGAUGGCUGGGAAGGUCGUUAAACAGUUGGCCGGUAGCGGUACAGGUCAAAGUCUUUCAGAUCUAAUGAUGGCAAUGAAAUACACUUUGUCAGGCUCCGUAGUUGUUAAAAUUAUUUGCAAAGCUACAACAGAAGAAAUGUGCGCCCCUAAGAGAAAACAUUUGUCAUAUCUUGUCCAAUGUACGUUUGAACCACGCCUUUCAAUCCCGGAUUUUGCUAACCAACUCAUCAUCCGCACGCAACAUGGCAACUUAGUUGUUGUAUUCAAAGCUUUGCUGACGAUACACCACCUAAUGCAGUUUGGAAAUGAGAGAUUUUCACAGUAUAUCGCUUCAAAUAAUUGCCAUUUUUACAUACCAAGUUUACUUGAUCGUAACAGUGUUCAAGCUCAUGGAAUUUCUUUGUUUCUACGACCUUAUGCAAAGUAUUUGGAUGAGAAAGCAGCAUCCUAUCGUGAAGUAGCCUUUGAUUUCUGUCGUUUAAAACGUGGUAAAGAAGACGGGGAUAUGAGGACAAUGCCACAAGAUAAACUAAUGAAAACAUUACCAGUCAUUGAGAAACAAUUGGAUGCACUACUUAUGUUCGAUGCGACUACCAAUGAAUUAUCGAAUUCACUUCUUCGAGUUGCUCAUUUAUCACUUUAUCGUGAUUUAAUUCGUUUAUACGCUGUAUAUAAUGAGGGUAUGAUUAAUUUGAUUGGUCGUUAUUUCACCAUGUCCAAACGUGAUUGUCGAUUAUCAUUAGAAAUUUAUAAAAAUUUUCUACAACGAAUGGAAGCUUUAAAUACAUUUGUCAAAGUUGCUGAAUCUACUGAAUCUGGAGGUACGCCAUUAUCAGAAAAUAACUCUUUUAAACCAGUUCCUCCAUCAGUAUUGGAAGCUCUUGAAGAACAUUUAGCAUAUUUGGAAGGUCAUAAACAAGCUGAUAAAAAAAUCACGACUAAUCUAUCACCACAAUUACAAACAUCAACACCAACAUCAAAUCCCCCAUCAUCAUCACAACCUACUGCGAAUCAUGAUGAAUUAACCUAUUCAACAGAAUCCACUAAUUUCAUAUUGACUACAGCAGAACGUCAACGUAUUAUUGAAGAAGAACGUGCACGUUUAGAAUCAUUUGUCUCAUCAGCGAAACAACAUAAAUUCUCAGCAGAUCAUCAUGAACAUGCGAUGAUGAGUAAUAUAAGUAGUAUAAAUAGUAAUAACAACAACAACAAUAAUAAUCACGAAUCAACGUAUUAUGAUGAUGCAUUAAAAUUAGACAAUGAGAAUUUUCUUGAUCUGUUAUUGUCGUUUAAUGAAUGCUCGACAGCAAUGAAACAUACAAAACAAUUCAAUAAUCAUAGUUCAGCGUCAACAAUGCCUAUUGAACAAAGCCAGCAGUCUACAUUGACUACUGAACAAAAUCUAUUACAAUUCAAUGACAUUUCCACGAAUUCAUUGUCACAUCCAUUGAAUAUCAAUUCACAAUUAUUUCUUCCGACUACUAAUCAAUCAACAAUUGUAUCAAAUAGUCUAGUCCCUGUGAUGAUGUCUCCUGCUAGUAGUAGUCAAUUACAUUCAACAAAUCCAUUUCUACUAAUCAAUACUAAUCCUCAGCAGCAGCUGCAGCUGCAGCAGCAGCAACAAUUAGCAAUUACACCUAAAAAUUAUGCACUGAAUCAACCGGCCUACAUGUUCAAUCCGCCAACAACGACUACAUUUGGCCAAAUACAACCGUCCAAUGCUGGAACACCAACUACUGUUCCAUCAGAAUCAAUCAUAUCAUUAGAUGAUAAAAUUGCACAAAUCGCUGGAAAUUUAUCAAUUCGUGAUUAUAAUAAUAAUUAUUACUCAUCAUCAUCAUCAACACAAACCAGCCGAAUUUAUCGUGCUCCAGAUGGAAGUUUAUCAUCGGUGAAUUGGUCUGGAACAUUACCAAUCACCACAAUUGCAUCGAAUCCACAUCAUCACAACAGUAUAACAAUGCAUCAAUCCAGUUCGUUAAAUCAACUCGUUGAUCCAUUUAGUGUAAAGCAUCAGCAGCCGCCACAACUGCAACAACCAAUGAAUUCAACUAAUCCAUGGGCGACGGCGACAUCAUCACCAUUAUCUGGAAUUCAGUCAAAUGUUAAUCAAACUCCAUCUCAAUUAUUUAUGAAUCAUAAUUUAUCAAAUGGCAUAAUGAUAAACAAUCGACCGACCAGUAAUAAUCCAUUUCUUUCCUGAUUCAUCCUCAUUAUUAUUUAGGUUUUUGCUCUUAUUUACUUUUUGAACUGACUUACUACUUCCCAUUUGUUUGUUUGUAUUCUUUCUCCCUCAUAUGUGCGCGCGCGCGCCUUCUCUUUCAAAUAACCAAAAUAGCCCAUACUGUCUGUCUUUCUCUCUUUCCUCCGUUCAUUGUUUUCUCUUGUCUUAUACAUUUACGUGUGUGUCUAUCUAUCUAUCUAUCUAUCUGUCCAUCGACUCUUAUUUUUGGACGAAUAAGAAACGCAUAUCCUUUCAUCAUUUUAUCUCCACAUCGAUCGAUCCAUCCAUCCAUCCAUUUAUUGAUUAGUCAAUUGUUUUCCUGCCCUUCUUCAUCGUAUAUGUGUGUAUGUGUGU